GCAACUGCUGGGAUUGAUUUAUCUCUCGCAACGGAUCUCUGGAUUUAGCCGUGCCCUGUCUCUGGUGCAGUGUCACCAUCUCGUUUGUCAUGGGCUUUCCGUUGCUGGUUGUUCAGAGCAUCCUGCUCGGCGCGAGCGCGUUCGGCAUCGGCAUGCUGCCAUUGUCUUUCGCGUUCUCCAAACGGCAGACGGACGGCCUUUCGAAUCUCGGUACCGGCCUGUUGCUCGGUGCUGCUCUGGGCGUUAUUAUCCCUGAAGGCGCAGAAACCCUUGCAGAAUCCACCAUUGCCGACUGGGAGUUUCCGACCAACAAGUUCGCUGUCGCUAUCCUAUCAGGUUUUACCUUUAUGCUCCUAGUUGAGAAGCUCAUAUCCGGCCAUGGACAUCACGCCCAUUCGCAGUCCACCAACAUAGCUCUGAAUCAGCGGCCGAAAGAUACAGAAUCCACGACCGUUGAGUUCGACGCUGACGACAUAGACCUCGAGGAUGGACAUGUGAACGGUACUCGUCCAACGCAUGCAAGACGGGUCUCAUAUUCCCACAUCCAUCAACAUCAAGGAGGAGGCACCGAUGAGAGUCGAGCACGCGCGUACGCGCUCACUCUAGGCCUCGUCACACACGCGUUCUCGGACGGACUCGCCCUUGGGAUAUCCGCUCUUUCCGAUAGUACACAUGACUCUUCCGAACUAUCAUUCAUAGUGUUCCUGGCAUUGUUAUUACACAAAGCACCAACUACAUUGGCUCUUUCCGCGUCCCUUCUAUCGUUAUCCCUCCCCCGCAGUCAAUGUAAAAAGCACAUAGCAGUCUUCGCGGCAUCAACUCCGACCGC